AUGGCACCUUCAUAUAAAUCCAGCGAAUACAUUGAUGAUUCUGAUUCUGAAUUAUCUGCUGAAGAAAGAGAAUAUGAACCACCAAAGAAUUUUCAAAAAGUUACUCCAGAAUCCAAAGAGUUCUCAUCAAAUUUGAAAGGAAAAGAAGUUUGGUUGAUAAAAACUCCCAAAGGUUUCCCAUUAACAGAUUUGAAGAAAUUGCCAAUAUCUUUUAGUGGUAAAAGUGCCGAAUCAUUCAAAGUCAACAACUUAUCAUACCAAGUCACCGAAGAUCUUGGAGCAUCUGCCAGUGACACAAAUAAUAAACAUACCAUAUUUUCACUGAAAAAAAGAAGUUUCAGACCACUAGGAGAGAAGAUCUCACGAUUCUACAGUAUCCAUGAAGUUGUCGAUAUUCCUGAGAUUCAGCUUGACAAAGUGGUGGUACCUAGACAGAAUGUUCCUAAAAUAAAGAAACUAAGAAUGAGACAUUUCCCUACUGGUUAUGGGGCGGACGAUUACCAGUUCGAUAAAGAAGAAGAAGAGGAGGAGGAGGAAGAGUCAGAAAAUGACGAUGUUGAAGCAGGCAAAGUUUUAAAAAAGGCAAAGGUAGAAGAAAAAGAAGAGAAGGAAGCCAAACACAAGAAAGACAAAAAGGAAAAGAAAGACAAGAAAGACAAGAAGGAUAAAAAAGACAAAAAGGACAAAAAGGAUAAAAAGAAGUCUAAAAAGGAAAAAGCUUAG